UCUUUUAGUCUCUGCCCCUAUUCUCAUUUGGAUGCUCCAGGCUCGCAAGAAGUCACACAGAAAAUUUGAUUUUAACGUUUUUCUUGGCUCGCGCUAUGUUUCUCUGGUUUAUGCGGACAAAUCUGAAACGAAGUCAAGUCACGAAACUCUGAUUUUAUGUUUCUGCGGAUGUGUGGUUGUCAGAUUUUUUUUUGUUUGUUUUUUUAUAAAUACUUGGCUCUGCUCGCGCAGAGAGACGCGCAGCCAGAGACCCGUGCGCAGUUGUUGUCCGUUUUCCACGACCCGAUACCUCACGAGAGGGGGGGUAAGAUCUCAUUUAACACAACGUGACGUGCAGGCAAAGUCCGUUUGCAAACCAAGAUCAGAACAAUUUGGUCAAGCCAGGGACAGAGCCAUGGGUUUGCUUCUCUUCUUCUCCGUAGAAACUUGGAUUCUUCUGAUCACAUUUAUCUGCAUAUUUGUCACGUAUGCACCACGGUUGAGUUUUUAUCCAGAUCAAGUUAUUUGCACGUGAAACCGGCCAGGGAAUGGACCAAAACUGUGCCUUUGCCUCUCGAGUGAACAGUUUACUACUUGGACGACGUCUGUUGUGCUCACAAGUAUGGGAGAGUAUGGGGCAUGUACGAGUUGAAGAGGCCCAUUCUGGCUGUGAUGGAUCCCGACAUGCUGAAAACCAUCCUAGUGAAGGAGUGCUUCGCCCACUUCACCAACCGGAGGAACUUCCGUCUGAAUGGGGACCUGUAUGACGCAGUGUCUAUUCUUGAGGAUGAUGACUGGAGACGGAUUCGCAACAUCCUCACCCCAUUGUUCACCUCUGGUCGUAUAAAAGAGAUGUUUAGUAUCAUGAAACAUCAUUCCCGCAAACUGACAGACAAGCUGCAGUCCACAGUGGACAAUGAUGAAGUUAUUAAUGUCAAAGACUUCUUUGGAGGCUACAGUAUGGAUGUGUUGACGAGCUGUGCAUUAAGUGUGGAUUUAGACUCGAUCAGCAACCCUUCCAAUCCCUUCAUAACCCAUAGCGGCAAGAUGUUCAGAUUUUCCAUCCCUCUUUUCAUUUUCCAAGGAUGUUUUCCCUUCUUUCUUCCUCUUUUGGAGCUGCUGGGUUUCUCCUUUUUCUCUAAGUCUUCAACUGCUUUCUUUAAAGCGGUUUUGGAGAAGAUCAGAGCAGAACGCAAUGGGAGCUCAGAACAGACUUCAAGAGAUAUCUUUCAACAUAUGAUCAACUCUCAGACAGUCAAUGAACACCAAGACGAAAAGAAGAAUAAGGUCUGGACGGGUCUUACUGAUCAUGAGAUUCUUUCUCAAAUGACAAUUUUGCUGAUUGCUGGUUUCGAAACAAGUGCCACAACCCUUGUCUUCUUGGCCUACAACUUGGCAAGAAAUCCUGAAGUCAUGAACCGCCUGCAAAAGGAGAUAGACUCUACUUUCCCGAAUAAGGGUCCAGUCGAGUAUGAAGCUCUGAUGCAGAUGGAGUACCUAGACAGUGUGGUCAAUGAGUGUCUGAGGCUCUACCCUCCAGCUGCACGUCUCGAACGUAUAGCUAAAGCAUCCGUGAAGAUCAAUGGAAUCACAAUCCCGAAGGACAUGACUGUUUUAAUUCCAGUCUACGCUCUGCACCGUGACCCUGAGCUGUGGCCAGAGCCGGAAGAGUUUAAACCUGACAGAUUUAGUAAGGAGAACAAGAAGAGCAUCAACCCAUACACUUACCUGCCAUUCGGCAUUGGGCCAAGGAACUGUUUGGGGAUGCGAUUUGCUCUGGUGGUGAUUAAACUGGCCUUGGUGGAGGUUUUGCAGAACUACAGCUUCUCAGUCUGCGAGGAGACAGAGAUCCCUUUGCAGAUGGAUACUGCAGGUCUUGUUGGACCCGUACGACCCAUCAAACUAAAGCUGGUGACACGUUCCAUCGCCUCAGCAAGUGUGGACAAGUGCAACUAGGAAGGACUUAAGAUACUUUCCUGAAGACUGAACUAUUCUAAAAAAUUUGUUAUUUUAGUACCUGACAAUGGUAAAUCAAGUUUACGACUGUAUGUUUUUAUUUUGUAUCAGAAGUUUGUAAUGAAAACAGACAUAGUGAAGUUGAUCAUGCUUAUUUUUGGAGAACAUAUGGAGAACAUAUCCCGAAUUUAUAUUUGCAUCGUGCUCACGAAUUAAGGCAUUUAAUUUCAAAUAAGCCAUGCCUACAAUGGUUUGGCAAACACAAGACAGUUUGGAAUAUCAAAACAUGCGUUAAUAACCUUUUUGGAUAACGAAAUUAAAUUUCCCUGAUUUGCACUAACAUGAAAGCUGGGAGGAGACUGGAGCACCUGCCGGACACCUCCAUAAGUACAUGGACGCAAACUGAACACAGAGAGUAUCAGUAAUCAUGUCAGGGAUUGUUUUAGCUGUGAAGUGACAGUGCUAUUUACUGAGCCACAACACUGAUUUUUUUUUUUAAACUGAAGAAUAAGAGAGGGUAAAAAAAACAAACAAACAAAAAAAAAAAACACUAAUUAAAAAGUAACAGGACAAGAAACUUUACUUCAAAGCAUUCAAUUACUACUAAGUACAUCAUCUGUGUAAUGACUUAUAUGGUAUCUUUGUACUUUGUCUUGCUGUUGUAUUGCACUUUAUUACAUUAUAAGGUUUUUCUUAAAUUUAUUGUCUGUCCAGUUUGUGUAGGAGCUAAUCAACAUCUUCAUAGAACGUUUAGGAGAUUGUACAAACAGUCCCUUAAUAAAC